AUGUGUACUGAAGCCUAUUUGAGAGAAACAGGGAAAGCUGGCUCCAAAUCUACCACGUAUUUUUUCCUGAAGAAUGUGUCUUUUCUGGACAUAUGUUAUACCUCUGUCACUAUCCCCAAAGCCCUGAUGACCUCACUCAUGCAUUCUAGGGUCAUUUACUACCUGGAGUGUUUAGUUCAGCUUCAUAGGUUUUUUACAUUUGGUUCUACUGAAUGCUUUCUGCUCACAUCCAUGGUCUAUGACCAGUGUUUGGCCACUUACAUGUCCCUGUUCUAUGCAUCCAAGGUGAGUCAAAGACUUUGUGCUGAAUUGGUAAUCAUGGCUUGGGUGGCUGGGGCCAUAUACUCAGCCCUCCACACCCACAAAACCUUCUACUUCCCCUUCUGUGGGCACAAUGUUGUUGAAUAUUUCUUCUGUGACAUUCUUCUGUUCAUGAGACUUUCCUGCACCAAUAUCCACACCAAUGAGGAAGUAGGUUUUGCCAUUAGUAGCAGUGUCAUCAUGAGUUAUUUUGCCCUCACAGUCCACUCCUAUGUCUUCAUCUCCACAAUUGCUCUCCUAUGCCUUCAUCAUCUCCACAAUUGCUCAGAUACCUUAUGUGGAUGA